AUGAGUACUGAAGAGGGAUUUUCUGCUCCAAUUUUGCCAAAUUUGCCAGUUUCAAUAUCAACAAACGAUCUCGAUCGCCAGAUUGAAACGCUUAUGAAAUGUGAGUGCAUAUCUGAGCAGGAAGUCAAAUCUUUGUGUGCAAAAGCUCGAGAAAUUUUAUUGCAAGAAGGCAAUGUGCAAAUUGUUGAUUCUCCAGUCACAGUAUGUGGUGACAUCCAUGGGCAGUUUUAUGAUUUAAUGGAGCUAUUCAAAGUUGGUGGACAAGUUCCGGAUACAAACUACCUCUUUCUAGGCGAUUUUGUUGAUAGGGGAUUUUAUUCUGUCGAGACUUUUCUUCUGUUACUUGCACUCAAAGUACGCUAUCCUGAUAGAAUGAUGUUGAUUAGGGGAAAUCAUGAAUCGCGUCAGAUUACUCAGGUCUAUGGAUUUUAUGAUGAAUGUCUAAGGAAAUAUGGCUCAUCAUCUGUUUGGAGGUGUUGCACUGAAGUUUUCGAUUGCCUUAGUUUAUCCGCAGUUAUCGCGAAUAAAGUUUUUUGUGUUCACGGAGGAUUAUCACCGUCAAUACAAACUAUGGAUCAAAUACGAUCUAUUGAUCGAAAACAAGAAGUGCCUCAUGAUGGCCCAAUGUGCGAUUUAUUAUGGUCAGAUCCAGAAGAAAGUGUUGGAUGGGGAGUAAGCCCAAGAGGUGCAGGAUAUCUUUUUGGAUCCGAUGUCGCCAAAGCAUUUUGUCAAACAAACGGUGUUGAUCUCAUUUGUCGUGCUCAUCAACUUGUUAUGGAAGGAUAUAAAUGGCAUUUUGGUGAUACUGUACUCACUGUAUGGCGAAAUAUUCAGACGGUUCGGGCAUUUUGCUCAUCAGCACUUAAUGAUGCGUUACGUAAACGUAUUGAGUGCUGUAUUACAAGCAAACCGGUUGUUGUAUUUAUGAAAGGAACAAAAGAAGAACCAAGAUAUGAUAUGGAAUUGCGAGAAGGAAUAAAAGCGUUUAGUAAAUGGCCAACCAUUCCUCAGGUUUAUGUGAAUGGAGAUUUUGUCGGUGGAAGUGAUAUUAUUGUACAAAUGCAUAAAGAUGGUGAAAUCACAGAUUUCUUCGAAAAGGAAGGAAUUAAGUCACGGUUCUCAGAGGUGGAAGAAAAAGCUUAA